AUGGUAUUCAUAAUUAUGAUCCUACUACUUGGAUUGAGUUAAUCAUAAGGAUGUUAGCCUUAUGGAAUUAGAUUAUUUUUAGGGCAUUACUUUAGUUAUUUGAGGAAUACUUAAGAUGUCAUAAGGAUAGUGUUCAAUACAUAAGUAUAUUAAGUUAAUAAUUCUUAGACAGAAUGCAAAGAGUAGUUUAUCCUAGAGGUGUUUGAUAAUUCUUCAGUUGAAAAAUUGAUGAUAUCAAAAUUGAGUUACUAUGAAACUCAAUUAUUAAACAUGACUUAGAUAUAUGAAAAUAAUGAUACUACACAUUUUACUUAUGAGACUUUUAUCCAUACAUUUAAAAUCAGCUUAGGCCAUAUCAAUUUGAAUUCUUCCACAUCUUACAAUUAUACUAUAACUUCAGAGAAAAACUCUAUAUUAUCUGGUCCAUAUAAAUUUGAUAUUCCAAUGACAGAAAAUGAAUAAAAAAUUUUAGUUUUCGGAGAUAUGGAUUCAAAUUGGAUUCAAAAUUAUUCAAAAGAUACAUUCGAUUGGUUAGAAAAUGAAGUGAAGGAUGAUAAAAGAUAUGAUGCGAUCCUGUUUACUGGGGAUAUGGCUUAUGAUUUAGAAUCUAAGAAUUGUGAAUAGGGUGAUUAUUGGCUUAGAAAUAUAUCAGUAUUUACAAAGAGAUAUCCUUUUAUGGCUGCUCCUGGUAAUCAUGAUUGGGGAAAUAAUACAUACUUUGAUUUCUUUAGAGCUAAUUUUGGUUCUUUAUUCUUAAAAGAUUACAAUACUGAUCAUUAUCUUAAUGAUUUCUUUAGUUUUGAUUUAGGUAUGGUUCACAUUAUACAAUUCAAUCCAAUUAAGGCAGUUUAUCAAAAUGAUAUAUAUAAUAUCACUCAUUUGAUAGUAGAAUAAAUGAGAAACGAUUUGAUUCUAGCCAAUCAAAAUAGAGAAAGAGUACCUUGGAUUAUUGUAUACACUCACUAUCCAAUUUAUUGUACAGUUCCUUAAAAUGAUUAAUGUAAAAACAAUUUUAAAUAUUUAUCUGCAUUUGAAGAUCUUUUUGUUGAAUUCAAAGUAGAUCUUUAUUUAAGUGGACAUGUACAUACUUAUCAAAGAAAUAAGCCUUAUUAUAAAAAUGCUACAUCAAAAUAUACAUAAAAAGAUAAUGUAAUCUCCUAAUAUUCAUAUCCUGUGUAGAUAAUAGAAGGAGCUGGAGGAACUGAUUAUGGAACAUAAAAUUAAACAUAUCCAAAUGGACCAUUUAUGGAGAUUUAAAAUCCUGAUCAUGGAAUUGGUAUUAUUACAAUUAAAAAUUCAACUCAUUUAUAUUUCUAACAUAUUACUGUUUCAAAUAAUAAAAUUAUUGAUUCUAUAUGGCUAGAGCGUUCUAGCUAAGAAAUAACAUCAAAUCGAGAUAUCUUUGAGAUUGUUAUGUGGGUUUUAUUUGCUAUUUUAAUGGUAAUUACUGGGGUUUCGAUUUAUUUUAAAAAGAAUCAAAGUAAGAAACAAAAAAAGAAGUUAUUGGAUGACUCAUUAAUUAUGACUGUAGACUGA